AAUGUAGUUGGAGCUAAAAAUAAUUUAAAUUUUAGAGGCGUUAAUGGUUGAAUAGUGUGCAAGUGAUCAUGCAGCAAAUAAUGUAUCAGUGUUUUUUGGAUUCAAAGCAGCAGGUGGAUUAAUUAGUGCAUAUUUUUCAGGGAUGUUACUAAUGUACCUAACUAAAAGACAAAGUAGUUCACUUUAAAAUCUAUAACUAGUAUUUCUUAUUAAUAGUGUGUUUCCAUCAACAAUGGCUAUACUUUCUUUAAAAUUAAAAGAAACUCAAUAAACACAAUAAUCAUAAAAUAUAAAAGAAGUUUUGAGUAUUUUUUGGACAUUCUUUUCUAAUCCUAAAAUUUAUUAGUAAGUAUUUAAACUAAUUAAAGAGCCCUGUAUUGUUAAUUUUAGCAUUCAUGAUGGUACCUUCAAGUAGUUCAAUAAUGUUUUAUUUUUAUACUGAAGUAUUGCAUUUUACUCCAAAAUUCAUGGGAUAUCUAAAAUUUAUUAGUUGCUUGGGAACUCUACUUGCAAUUUUAUUGUAUAGAAAUUUCUUAAAAGAUGUUGAAUUUAAAAAGAUAUUUAUAAUAACAACAUACUCAUUCUUCUUUUAUUAUCUCUCAACUAUACCUUUGGUUACUAGAAUGAAUGUAUUAUGGGGAAUAGAUUAUAGAUUCUUCUGUUUAGUUGAUUCAGUCAAAUUAUAAUUUAUUGGAGAAUUGAAUUUAUUACAUAUAUUAGUGUAUGCAUGCAAAAUAUGUCCUAAAAACAUUGAAGCUACAAAUGCUAUGCUUAUGGCUACCAUGAAUCUAGGAACUUUUGCUGGAGGAUAAUUAGGCAAUUUGAUCUUAUAUGAAAUGGGAAUCAAUUAAUAAGAUUAUUCUAAGCUUUAUAUACAGUCCCGUUAUUAAUUUUAAUAUAUUUUUCAUUUACUCAAUUUUAACCUUAAGUUUAAAUCUUGA